UUGCAAUUUGUCAUUUUCUUAAUAAUUUGUGAUGUGUUUGUGAUUGUUUGUAUGAUAUUCUUGUGGUUUAUUAGUUUAAAUUAGGAUUAUUAUUAUUUAAAAAUAAUACCUUUCAUAGUGAUAAUCAUAGAAAACAUCGACUCGUUUUUCCUAAUAUGUCUGAGACUAGUGACUUAGACAGACAAAUAGAACAACUUAAGAGAUGUGAGAUUAUUAAAGAAUCGGAAGUAAAAGCACUAUGUGCGAAAGCUAGAGAGAUCCUUGUCGAAGAAAGCAAUGUUCAGCGGGUUGAUUCUCCCGUUACGGUGUGUGGUGAUAUACAUGGUCAGUUUUAUGACCUGAAGGAGCUGUUUAAAGUAGGAGGCGAUGUUCCAGAAACUAAUUACUUGUUUAUGGGUGAUUUUGUAGACAGAGGAUUCUAUUCUGUGGAAACAUUUUUAUUACUUCUUGCUUUAAAGGUUCGGUAUCCAGACCGUAUCACUUUAAUCAGAGGUAACCAUGAGUCGAGGCAGAUAACUCAAGUGUAUGGUUUCUAUGACGAAUGUUUAAGGAAAUAUGGAUCUGUUACAGUAUGGAGGUACUGCACAGAGAUAUUUGAUUAUUUAUCAUUGUCAGCUAUUAUUGAUGGCCGAAUAUUUUGUGUACAUGGUGGACUGAGUCCUUCCAUACAAACACUGGACCAGAUUCGCACAAUAGACCGAAAACAGGAGGUACCACAUGAUGGGCCAAUGUGUGAUUUACUUUGGAGUGACCCUGAAGAUACACAGGGCUGGGGUGUGUCGCCACGUGGUGCGGGAUACUUGUUUGGAUCCGAUGUAGUAGCUCAGUUUAAUGUUUCAAAUGACAUUGACAUGAUUUGCAGAGCGCAUCAACUUGUUAUGGAAGGCUACAAAUGGCAUUUUAAUGAGACUGUGUUGACUGUCUGGUCUGCUCCUAAUUACUGCUACAGAUGUGGGAAUGUAGCAGCUAUUUUAGAAUUAAAUGAAAACCUCCAACGAGAAUUCACAAUAUUCGAAGCGGCUCCGCAAGAGUCAAGAGGGGUACCUUCCAAGAAGCCACAAGCUGAUUACUUUUUAUAAUAUUUAAGCCUUAGAGACAAUUAAAAAGAAAUGUAGUGA